CUUUGAUCUCUGCUCAUUUGGCUGCAGGUGGGGUUCAAAGAGCUCCCGACUCAGUGAUGCCGUUUUAGACUCCCAAGUUCGAACGCUUCUGUCCUUGGAAGGGAGUGUACUGGAGGGAAGUCUCGUUAAGAACUCUUCUUUGUGACAUGAGGUUGAGAGCGCCUGAUUGCCAUUUGUACAUAUUUUGAUACCCUCAAAAUGCUUUCCUUUCUUUCCACGUGGCACCAACACAGCGCAGAGUGCACGGAUCCCUAUGACACCCCUCCAGGGAAUGAGGCGGGUGAGAACCAGUCCCACUUCCAGGGCGUGACCGGCCUGCGGAACCUCGGCAACACGUGCUACAUGAACGCCAUCCUACAGUGUCUCUGCAGCAUCUCGCCGCUGGUGGAAUACUUUCUCUCUGGAAAGUACAUUACCGCUCUUCAAAAGGACUGCAGUGAGGUUGCCACGGCUUUUGCCUACGUGAUGACAGACAUGUGGCUUGGUGACUCAGACUGUGUGUCACCAGAAAUAUUUCGGUCAGCUCUUGGCAACCUCUACCCAGCAUUCAUGAAAAAGACACAACAAGAUGCUCAGGAAUUCUUGAUUUAUGUCCUGAAUGAACUUCAUGAAGCUCUGAAAAAGUACCACCGAAGAAGAUCAUGUGAGAAAGGAUCUGUUCCCAGGUGCUGCAGGAAGGCGAUUGCCAACGAGACCUCCAUCAUCACGCGGCUGUUUGAAGGGCAGCUCAGUUACAGCAUCACCUGCUUGACGUGUGAGAACUGCACCUACAAGAACGAAGUCUUCACCGUCCUGUCCCUCCCCAUUCCAUCCGAGGCCCAGUGCUCGCUUCAGGACUGUCUCCAGUGUUUUUUUCAACAAGACACACUGACCUGGAACAACCGAAUUCACUGCUCCUUUUGUGAAACCAAGCAAGAAACAGCUGUGAGGGCCAGUAUUUCCAAAGCACCAAAAACAGUUAUCUUUCACUUAAAAAGGUUUGACAUUCUGGGUACAAUGAAAAGGAAGCUGAGAACAAACAUUCAUUACCCACUCACUAACCUGGACCUCACUCCUUACAUUUGUCCGAUUUUUCGGAAACAUUCUAAAUAUAACCUCUGUGCAGUGGUGAACCACUUUGGUGAUCUGGAUGGCGGCCACUACACAGCUUUCUGCAAGAACUCAGUGACCCACGCCUGGUACAGCUUUGAUGACACACGAGUCAGUGAGAUUCCAGAUACUUCAGUUCAAACCGCUACAGCAUAUCUCCUGUUCUAUAGCUGCCAGCCCUUUUCUAUACCCACACAAAAAUGCAAGAGCUAGAAAAAUGGUGUUUCCUGAAAAUUGCAAAACAAGCA